AAAUGCAGUACAAUUCUUGGGCCAAGAACAUCCUGGCCACCCGAAGGUUUAGCACCCAGAUCAGGGCAGGAGCCAGUCAAACAUUUUAUUGUAAGCAGAAAGCCUGGAACAUGACUAAGUCCCUGGAAGUCGGAGAUCUAGACCUGACCAAAGAAAAAUUAGAGCAUUAUGUCAAAAGAAGUGUCAAAUUAAGCACAUUUAAAAUAGAUGAAGAGGAUAUUGAUGAGUUCAAACAGGAUUUCCUUAAAGGGAUCAAUUUUAUUAAGAAAAUCGAUGAAAUGGACCUCAGGGACUUUCAGAAAGGCAAUAAGAAAAUUAAACCCCUUGGAAGUGUUCUUGAAUACUACGGGAAAGGUGGGAAGCUUAGGGAAGAUAGCUCAGCAGACCAUGAUCCUGUCCAGAUGAAGAAUGAUAUCCUAAAUAUGAAUAGUAACAAGAUGGGAACUCUUAUAGCAGUUCCAAAAAUUAUUGAAAAAUAAUAACCUCAAUUUACUCUAAAGAUAAA